AUGCAAGAAAAAAGUUUUCACCCUAAAAGGAAAUUGUAUAGAGACGUGAUUUACUGUUUAUGUCAAACAGAUGAUGCAGAGAAGCAAGUUUUCAGAUUGCUAGAGAUGCAGCUGGCUCGGCUUCAGCCUAGUUCACGUAUUUACAAUUUCUUCAUUGAUGGUGCUGGGCAUGCCAGAAAGCCUGAGCUGGCUAGGCAAGUAUAUGAAAUGAUGACAAGAAGUGGUCUCUUACCGGACUUGAAUUCUGACAUACUAAUGUUACAAAGCUACCUGAAAAGUGAUAAAAUUGCUGAUGCUCUAAAUUUCUUCCAUGAAGCAUACAAGAGGAGAGACCGUAGAAAACUCUGGCAGACCAUGAUUGUUGAUCUUUGCAAGGUUAACAAACCAGAGCAUGCAUUGCAGAUAUUUGAGAAUAUGAACGCAAACAAGUUACCAAGUCUAGAAUCUUAUGAGGAACUAGUGAAGUUGUAUUGUGAUCAUAGACAAUACUAUAAGGUUGUAGAACUUAUCAAUGAUAUGACUCAAAUUGGGCGUCCUAUUUCUUCCUUUAUCGGCAAUGUACUUCUGUUGAAUUCUUUGAGAACUCGAAAACUAUAUGAUGCGUGGGCUUGUUUAAGUCAUGAGCAAAAUCUAACACCUGUCAGUUGGAAAUUGGGCCAGCUGGUUGGUGUUUUUUCUGGCUGUAUUGAAGUAAACCAAGAUAUGGAGGAUGUGGAAAAACAGAUUCAGCAAUCCUUCCCUCUAGACACCUACACUUACAAUUUGCUUCUGCGAAGAUUAAGCAUGAAGGAAAUGGACUAUGCUUGCCAGUACCUUGAUAGAUUACAUCAAAAAGGGUAUGAGCCAAACAGAUGGACUUAUGAUAUAAUAGUGCAUGGUUUUGCCAAACGUGGUCAGAUUGUAGAGGCUAGAAAGUGGAUGGAAGAGAUGUUUAGUAAAGGUUUCGAUCUUACUGAGUACACCAAAAAAGUCAUCUAG